GGACGCUUCCUCAACGGUCAUUCGCGGGAGAGAAGCGCCAAACUCGAAAUUGAAGUGCCUAUUUUUUAACAAAAGCCAUACAAAUCUAACCUUGGUAUUUGCAAUUUAGACACUACAUUUUUUGGAGUAUGAAACAAUCAUGACAGAAACACUUUUCAACAAGCGAUUGCAAGUGCACGUGAAAUGCAAAGAUUGCGAAGAAAGGUAAGUUCGAUUGAUAGCUAGCCAACUAGCCAUCAUUAAUGUUAGCUAGCUACUGUAACUAACGUUAACUAGAUAUCAAACAAUAUCGACACUUGCGGUCUAAAUAGAUAGUUCAUCAAUUUGAUAUAGUCGGGUUUUGGCAGUAGCGAUUAGCUAACUACAGACUACCCAGCAAGCUGUGUUACGACGCGUUACAUAGCUAGCUAGCUAGCAUGUUCAGGAACGUUAAGUUAUAUUUGACAUGUCAUCUUCGGCACUCCUCGCCAGAUGGCGCUUGAUGAUAACAAAUAUCUCAAUGGAGUUGUAUGCUACGACUAAAAUACAUUGAAUGCAUCUUUCUUGCUAACUUUACAUUACAGGAGAGGAAAUAUCAGAGUCAGCAUUGAGCUUCAAUUGACAACUAAUCCAGUCCACAAAAGGGUAAGUUGCGCUCACAACCAUGACUACUUGGUUGGUGUUUUGCAAGACUGGAUUCUGUUCCCAUCAUCACCCUCCCUCCUUUCUAUAGUGUGAAUGAGCAAUGUUUCAGAAACCAGUACAUUGAUCUCGAAAUGCAUUGCUUACUACCGUGGCCAUGCAUAAAUACCCAACUUAAAGAUAUAAUUAUCAAUACAAUAUCAUCAUACAUAGCGGGGUGACUUCCUCUGUACAGAAAUCAACAACAACAAAAGUUUCCUGUCACCAUGGAGAAGCACCAGUCCUAAUGAGCAAUGAAGCUUUAAAGCCACAUAGUGGGUGUUUAAUGGGAGUGAAAGUUGCAAAAGGGUGGCUCUCUGGGGAGGCAUGCAUGGGUUAGGCUGUUCAUGGACCUUAAUGGUUUUCAAGGGCUUACCUGCAAACAUUAGCGACUGGAUUCUGCUUAAUUGAAAUUAGUUGACGAUGUACUUCCCCUGUUGAAAGGAUUCCCUAUCAGGUCUGCUUUUCCCAAAUGUCAGUCCUUCCCUCAAGGUAGUAGUUAGUAACAUAGCCACUGUAGCUAACACAACUUUGUGCAUUCUAGGAUCUGCUGGUGAGACUGACAGAUGACACCGAUCCUUAUUUUCUGUACAACCUUGCCAUAUCAGAGGAGGAUUUUCAAAGGUAUCUUACAAUUCAAAGUCAUUGUGCCCACUAUAAUGUGCAUACACUAAUCCUACGUCUUCUCUGUCAACAGUUUGAAAGUUCAACAGGGCCUGUUGGUAGACUUUGCGUCCUUUCCUCAGAAGUUUAUAGACCUGCUAAACCAGUGUAUCUCGGAGCAAGACAAAGAGAAUCCAAGGUGAGGAGACCAUUCUCUCUAAGCUCGUUGAACGUCUCCACUGACUGUGAGAUCAUGGACAUGUGACGUCUCCUUUCCCUAGGUUUCUGCUCCAGUUAUCUCCAUCAUCCCCAGUAUUAGACCACAGCCCUGCCCACCUCAAUGUUGUGGAGACCAAUGCGUUCAAGCACCUCACUCACCUGUCUCUGAAGCUGCUACAUGGGACUGACGUGGAGAUCAAGAAGUACCUGGCGGUUUGUCUCUCCUGUGUGAAGGUCAGUGAAUCUCCCGUAACUACCUCAGAAACACUAGGGGGGUGGUUUCCCGGACACAGAUUUAGCCUAGUCCUGGAUAAAAAAACAAAAACAUUUUUGAUGGAGUUUUUCCAUUGAGGUUGGUUUUAGUCCAGGACUAGGAUUCAUCUGUGUCCAGGAAACCACCCCUAGUUGUCUUAGUGACCUCAGUCUUGGGAAUGGUUGAUAGCAGACCUAUGAAGAACCGUGGGCGAUUCCAUAAGGCCAGACAGACUGCAGUAUACUAAAGUCUGAGAAACUUCAUUGUAUUUUAAGUUAUCCCCCCAUUUUGAUCUGUCAGGAGGAGAAGCAGCAGUUGGAACAGAGGCUGAAGAAGACUGAAGAUGAUCUCUCCAGGCAGCUCAGCUACACGCAACAGGUAAAGCAGUAGUUGAUCUUGAUUGAUUCAUCAAUAAAUGUAGGUGUGAUAACCACUUGAAAAGUAACGUCUUAAGUGGGUCCCGAUAAAACGGUCACCUUUCAUAUAAACGUGUCUUACAGACUCUGUCGGAGAAAAGCAGAGAGCUGGACAAGCUGCGGUCGGAGUGGACCAGCCAAACAAGCGCUCUGUCAAGUCGCCACUCUCAGGACCUCACUGCAGAGCGGGAGAACGCCUUGGAGGUAUCAAAUAACAUCUCAUAUUAUAAGUCUGAUGUUUAGUUAACUGCCUCAAAUAGUCUAAGUGCUAUUCCAGUUAUCAGAAGCCAUAAAACCUUGAUUGUUUUUUUUCUUCUCUAUUUGAUAUAUGACAGGGGUCUCUGAUAGAGGAAUUAUGGUAAAUGACUAAAAUUGUUCCACCCCAAUACAGAUGAUGACUGUGUUAGGGUUAUCAUUAUAAACCUACUAACAGAGGAGGGGCUUAGACUGUGGAAAUGUACAGGCCGCCUAAAGGUGGGCGGAGCAAAGUUCCUUUGUGUGAAGGGAUAUAAAAGGCUGUGUGUGUGUUUUGGGGCCAGAGCUCUCAUGAAUAAACAUACAGAUUAUUCUUGCUGGUUGUGGACCUUGUUUAAUUCAUUAUUAAAACCAGAGCAUUACAACCUCUGGGAAUUAUUCAAGCUUGAGUUUAAUUAAGAGAUAGAAAUUCUCGUGACAGUCUCCAACAGGUUGAUCGCGAGCUACCAGUAGCUCGCAGCCGACCUGAGAAGCUCGCCAAACAAUUCUGAAAGUACAUGCAAUUUUCACAUGUUCCACAGCAAACUGUCAUAAACAAAUCUCACAAGUAGACACCGCAAGCUCCCAGCUACUAUCUAAUCAACGCAACAUUGACAUUAUCCCCACCCCUGGUUAGCCACUAUUCGCUUAAAAAGCCAAACCUAACACUAUCUGCCAAUUCAUUUCCAGAAAUAUUUCCCCUGUCUUGUCUGUAUGGUGCGUGUGUGUGUGUGUGUGUGUGUGUGGCCAGUUGAUGUGAUAACUGUCUUGCGGGUUGACAGAAACAUUUUCCCAAAAACCUUCUCAAUUAAAUGUUAACUGCAAAAUAGGUUUACCUGGCAGAAGUAUAUCAUUUGCAUCUAUUAUUUAUUUGCUAACUUUGCCAUGAAAUGAGCAGCAGCGGUACAGAACCAUUGCUAGACUGCACAUUAGACAGCACAUUCCUCACUCGCUAGAAGCACAAUUAAAGGGCCAGAUGCGCAAUUAAAGGGGAAUUACACCAAAAAAUUAAAAUGUGUUUUCUACUAGACCUAAAAGAAAUGGUCUUCUGAUAUGAUUUAAGCAUUGACAUGAACCCAGAACAUCCGAUUUCAUUGUUUCUUUAUGAUAUAUGAUUUCUCCCCCCCCCCCCCCCCAAAUAAGUGUUUUUCUCUUUUGAUGUUUCUCAUCUGGCUCUGUGCAGACACAAACCAGGCUGCAGCAGCAGAACGAGCAGCUGCGCCGGGAGCUGGAGGGAGCCCACACGAAGAGUACCCAGCAGCUGCAGAGCAGGCUGGUCGAGCUGGAGGCCUCCAACAGGGACCUGACUGAGAAGAGAUACAAGAGCGAGUCCACCAUCCGCGACAUCAAAGCCAAACUAAUGGGACUGGAAGAGGUGGGGGUGGGGGAGCAAGGGGCCUUCCUUUAGUGGGGGAAAUGUCACAAAAACUGCCACUUUUGUGAAGACAUUUUAAACUUGUCUGAAACACUCCUAGGAUAAGUAUCUGUUGGUUCAUAUCAUGCAUGUUUUUUUGACAUCCAUAUUGAAUUCCUGAUUUGAUAGAGAAAUGGAAAUCUUGCCACCAUGUUGACCACCAAUGUUGUCUAAAUAACCUGCUGACAAGUGUGUGUGUGAACAGGAGUCUCAGCGAGCGAAGCAGCAGGCCCUGUCUCUUCGGAGGGAGAACGGCACCCUGGACAUGGAGUGUCACGAGAGGGAGCGUCAGGUGAACCAGCUGCAGACGCGGGUUGCAGUCCUGGAGCAGGAGAUGAAAGACAAGGAGCAGCUCGUCCUCCGCACCAAGGAAGUGCUGGAAGCCACUCAGCAACAGAAGGUAAGCAGUCAGUCCCCUGGGCAAAUGGAGAGCAUACUAUCAGAAAAGCCAGGAUAUUUGUUCAAAUUAAUAUUGAUGAAUUAUGUAAAAACAGUGACAUUUUUGUGUGUAGAACUCAGUGGAAGGAAAUGCCGAAAGCAAACAACUCCAAAUAGGAAAACUGGAGGCUACAGUGAAAUCCCUGUCUGAGGAACUCAUAAAGGUUGGUUACUUACAUUUCCAAUCAUGGCUUUUUGUUAUGCAUAUCAUGGUCUGAAAAUACAUGGCCACAGUCUCAAUCCAGUCAAGUUAAAAUCCACAAGUCCUUGUCUGCUCAUGCACUUAUUUUAGUCUAAAUAUUAAUACCAAUUUUGUCUUGAUGCUGAUCACAUCCCCUUUGAGAAGAAAUACAUUCAGCGUGGGGGUGAAGUACCGUCUUGACACUACCUCGUGUUUACUUCCUAGGCCAACGGCAUCAUCAAGAAGUUGCAGGGAGAGCUGAGGGGCCUGGUGGGGAAGAUCAAGGUGAAGAACACUGUGAUGGUGUCUCAGGAGAAGGUGCUCCAGGAGACCCAGGAGAAGCUGCACAAAGCCCAGAGAGACCUGCAGGACACUCAGCAGCAGCUCAAGCAUAGAGACGAGGAGGUGUGUGUUUCCUUUACAGGGUGUGUCCACUACCUUAAAUACCAAUCUGAGGACAACAAAAACGGGCAGAAAUGGCUGCUGAAAGACCCAAUGCAUAUCUAUAUAUGUGUGUGUGUGCAAGUCAAGUACUGAGGAGUAGUGGGCGCUGACCUAAUUCUUGGCAUCAAGUUUGGAUUUAUCUUUUUUGUUGUAAUUUCCUUUCCACUGUAGGUGUCGAAAUUGAAGGAGCAGUUGGGGGAGACGGUUCAGAAACUAGACGAAAGCAGGGAGGUGCUGAAAACAAACGAGAAUGGUAUGGAAGGUCUUUUAAAGAAAUGGUUCACAAAAAAUACAACUUUACAUGAUUUUGCACUUAUCCUUGGCUGUUGUCAGAUUACCUAAUAUUUGUAUUCCUUUAGUAUUUUCCCUUUUUUUUUUCUCCCUGCAACAAUGGAUUUGUUUUAUCCUUCAGUUAUAAUGUGGCUGAACAAACAGCUGAAUGAGAACCAGUUAUCCAGGAAGCCGGAGACCCUUGGAACGUUUGAGACUCCUUCAGCUCUCUCAGCCUCAGCUGGACAGAGGAUGGGCAGUGCCUCUCACAACAUGGUAAGCACUAAACAUGUCAUGGUACACGGUAAGAUAUUGGUUUGAUAUCUUUUAGUUGCAGUGGGUAGCAUGUUUGUUUUUAAAUUGCAGCUUUAAAUACAUGUGUCGAUUUCAAAGUUAAUUUGAGUUAUAUGCAUGCUUCUUAAAGGCAGACUCCGCAAUAUGACAUCAUACACAGGCAGGGCAACUUCCUGCUUGUAGACUUCAACAAAAAUCGAAUCUGCUUAGACUAUCUGCCGCUAUUGGUAUUUGGCAGAUUUAAAUUGGAUUGUUUUCUGUUAGUAGGGACGCGUUACGCAGGCGUCAGGCGCAACGUUUUGGAACAUUCAGAUAUACAGUACCAGUCCAAAGUUUGGACACACCUACUCAUUCAAGGGGUUUUUCUUUAUUUUGACAAUUUUUUACAUUGUAGAAUAACAGUGAAGACAUAUAAACAAUGAAAUAACACAUGGAAUGAUGUAGUAACCAAAAAAGUGUUAAACAAAUCAAAAUAUAUUUUAUAUUUUGAGAUUCUUCAAAUAGCCACCCUUUGCCUUGAUGACAGCUUUGCACACUCUUGACAUUCUCUCAACCAGCUUCAUAAGUUAGUCACCUGGAAUGCAUUUCAAUUAACAGGUGUGCCGCCUUAAUAGUUAAUUUGUGGAAUUUCUUUCCUUCUUAAUGCAUUUGAGCCAAUCAGUUGUGUUGUGACAAGGUAGGGGGGGUAUACAGAAGAUGGGCCUAUUUGGUAAACGACCAAGUCCAUAUUAUGCAAGAACAGCUCAAAUAAGCAAAGAGAAACGACAGUCCAUCAUUACUUUAAGACAUGAAGGUCAGUCAAUACGGAAAAUGUCAAGAACUUUGAACGUUUCUUAAAGUGAAGUCGCAAUAACCAUCAAGUGCAAUGAUGAAACGGCUCUCAUGAGGACUGCCACAGGAAUGGAAGACCCAGAUUUACCUCUGCUGCAGAGGAUACGUUAAUUAGAGUUACCAGCCUCAGAAAUUGCUGCCGAAAUAAUAAAUGCUUCACAGUUCAAGUCACAGACACAUCUCAACAUCAACUGUUCAGAGGGGACUGUGUGAAUCACGUCGAAUUGCUGCAAAGAAACCACUACUAAAGGACACCAAUAAGAAGAGACCUGCUUGGGCCAAGAAACACAAGCAAUAUACAUUAGACUGGUGGAAAUGUGUCCUUUCUCUUUGUGAGACACGGUGUGGGUGAACGGCUGAUCUCCGCAUGUAAUUUAAGGCACACUUAACCAGCAUGGCUACCAUAGCAUUCUGCAGCGAUACGCCAUCCCAUCUGGUUUGGGCUUAGUGGGACUGUCAUUUGUUUUUCAACAGGACAAUGACCCAGCACACCUCUAGGCUGUAAAAAGGCUAUUUGACCAAUAAGGAGAGUGAUGGAGUGCUGCAUCAGAUGACCUGGCCUCCACAAUCGCCCCGACCCUUGUUACGCCAGGGUAGUGGGUUCGAUCCCCGGGACCACCCAUACGUAAAAAGUUAUGCACACAUGACUGUAAGUCUCUUUGGAUAAAAGCGUCUGCUAAAUGGCAUAAUUUUAUUAUUAUUAUUAUUAUUACCUCAACCCAAUUGAGAUGGUUUGGGAUGAGUCAGACGACAGAGUGAAGGAAAAGCAGCCAACAAGUGCUCAGCAUAUGUGGGAACUCCUUCAAGACUGUUGGGAAAGCAUUCCAGGUGAAGCUGGUUGAGAGAAUGCCAAGUGUGCAGAGCUGUCAUCAAGGCAAAGGGUGGCUAUUUGAAAUCUCAAUAUAAAUAUUUAGAUUUUAACACUUUUUUGGUUACUACAUGAUUCCAUAUGUGUUAUUUCAUAGUUUUGAUGUUUUCACUAUUAUUCUACAAUGUAGAAAAUAGUAAAAAUAAAAUAAAACCCUUGAAUGAGUAGGUGUGUCCAAACUUUUCACUGGUACUGUAAACUUGCCUCAGACAUGUAUAAAAAGGAAUUAUGUAGUCUCUAUUCAUGGCAUUUCUAUCUGCAAUGUUCGACAAUGUCGUGAAUGAUGACAUAUUGUCAAGUCUACCUUUUUUAAAAGUUACGAUUCGACCAGCAAAAGCGCACACAAUCAGAUCAGCUCAAAUCAUGUGUGCUUGAUUUUGUUUUCAGUUGGACAGCCGAGUGUUUCCCUCCUCGGCCGGACAGGGCUACCCCAUCACGUCUACGCUGAACUCCAAACUUUCCUCCCUCCCUCUGUCCAGCCGCUCCGUCUUCUCACUACACAACCAGGGCCCUGGACCCAAGGCAGGCUCAUCUUUUCUCCUUUGUUACUCUGAAUUCUAAUUGAAAUGUAAUGUUAUAUUUAGAAAUGUGUUGAAAUAGGUGUGGUUUUGCAACGACACAGCCUUGAAUUUGGGCCACAACAUGAAUAGCAAUUUGGAUGAUUUACCUAAACACUAAUAAUUAACUAUUUCCUUACGUUGACUGUAAUUUCAUCCUGGAAGAACCAAUACAGUUCUAUAAGGUGUGGGAUUAUAAGGCAGCUUGAACUCAAUUGUAUGUUGUGGUUCCUAAGUCGUUGCAACUGUAUUCAGGAGUUUGCUUGAAUUCUGACUUUAUGUUGACCUGGGCUGAAUUGCAGGUCCAGUUUAACCCCAUGAGUACCAAGCCCGGCAUGUCUCCUGUGGAAGUGAGGGACGGGAGCCCCACAGCACAGCAUCCCCCUCAGCCCUCCAACAAAGAGAAGUGAGUCCAGCUCUCUGUCUGGGGCUUCCAUGUGUGUUUCUAGUUUAGUUUGUAUGCUUUCAGCAUCAGAAUUAACUUGUAAGUGUUCAGAAACGUUUUCUCUGCUCACUUUUACAUUAAAAUAGCUCCCGGAUUAUUGGAUGGUGCAUCACCAUCGGCAAGAGCCCAAGACAAUCUACUUUAUUCUCUGGACCAUUCAUUCAGACACUGCCUUUUUUUUUUUUUACUUGUAGUGGCGAGCCUGCUGGAUUGGAGUCCAAGUACUUUGAGAAGCGAGACGACAGCAUUCCCCUCCGUGGUCUGUUGUCUGGCAUGCACCUCAACAGAGGUAAGACCACAUCCAUGCCUGCUUUGUGGACACUGGGGGGGGGGUAUUUGUUUCUGAGCUUAUGAGGGGAAGUUCAAGUUCACUUUACAUGCCUCUUAAGUCCCUUCUCAAUGGGCACACCACGUCAUUUCAACAUGGAAAUGUGGGUAAUAUUGGGUUGAGAAAUUGAUCAAUGAGAUUACAACCUUUAUUCACCCUCUCAAAAAGACAGCAAGACAUUUGUUGAUUUCCCAAUGUGUUAUCACUAUGCUUUUGACCAUUUAAAAGCACAACAAAGUUCAAAUGGGAAUACAAUGUCAGACGUUGUGUAUUUAUACAACAGAGUAAUGUGUUAUCACUGUGCUUCAUCAAAUAGCCAAAUGACCUGGAUUGUAGUUGAGAUUACAUUAAAAGUACACGGUGCAAGUGAUCAAUGCUGUUUGAGAUUCUGCAUUAUAACAGCAAUUGUGAAGAUCUCCACAGACCUGCAACCUUAGCAUGCUAUCUUGAACAUGCACGCUUUGGAUGAUUAUAUAACAAGACAUUUAUAGUUAGGCUACAGAAGGCUCAUUUUAAGGUUGAAUAAAUACUGCUAGUCCUUAGUUUGUAAGAUAGCCUUAACUUUAGGCUAUUUACUAUAUUACAUAAGUAAUAUUGAAUUGUGUUUGGUUGACAACGCAACCAAAUAUCAACUUUAAAGGAUAUCUAAUGCUUGGAUAGUUUUAAUCUGAGCCACUGGCUUAAUCCUUUUCUUUUAACUUUUUUCUUUUUGGUUUAGUUGGAGACGUGAAUCCAACAUAUCAUUUGUUAACUUGUCGAUAAGUUAAUAGGCUAUUUGCUGUAUUGCAAAAGUGAUAUUGAGCUGUGUUUGGUUGUCAACGCAACCAAACAUCAACAUUUGAAGGAGAUGUAUAUUUUCUGACACUGACUUAGUCUGGCUUUAAUUCCAGUUUGUCAAAAAAUGUAUAAUUGAUAUGUUGGAUUCACGUCUCCAUCUCAACCAAGAAUAAAAGUUAAAGAAAAGCGCUAAAUCAAAUCCACAUUUAUUUAAAGUUCAUUUAAAGUUUGAUUUGAUUUAGUCAUAUUCUUUAACUUAGAUUUUUGGUUGAGAUUGAGACGUGAAUCCAACAUAUCAAUUAUACAUUUUUUGACAAACUGGAAUUAAAGCCAGACUAAGUCAGUGGCACAGGUAGACCUAUCCAAGCAGAAGAUGCACCUCCUUCAAAUGUUGAUAUUUUGUUGCGUUGACAACCAAACACAAUUCAAUUUCCAGUUUGUCUACAGAUGUUGGAUUCACAUCUCCAUCUCAACCAAAAAUCCAAGUUAAAGAAUAGGACUUAAUCUAAUCAGAUUUUAAAUGCACUUUAUUUAAAAGUUUGAUUUGAUUUAUUCCUGUUCUUUAACUUAGAUUUUUGGUUAAAAUCAACCAAAGCUUGAAACCUUAGGCCUAUAUGUAUUGUCUAUUUUUUGUUUAACCCUGGGUUGAAUUGAAACAAUAGCUGUGGAUGAUUUUGAAAAUGCUACAGUUGAAGUCGAAAGUUUAUACACUAAGGUAGAGUCAUUAAAACUUGUUUUUCAACCACUCCACACAUUUCUUGUUAACAAACUAUAGUUUUGGCAAGUCGGUUAGGACAUCUACCUUGUGCAUGACACAUCAUUUUUCCAACAAUUUGUUUACAGACAGAUUAUUUCACUUAUAAUUCACUGUAUCACAAUUCCAGUGGGUCAGAAGUUUACAUACACUAAAUUGACUGUGCCUUUAAACAGCUUGGAAUAUUCCAGAAAAUGAUGUCAUGGCUUUAGAAGCUUCUGAUAGGCUAAUUGACAUAAUUUGAGUCAAUUGGAGGUGUACCUGUGGAUGUAUUUCAAGGCCUACCUUCAAACUCAGUGCCUCUUUGCUUGACAUCAUGGGAAAAUCAAAAUAAAUCAGCCAAGACCUCAGAAAACAAAUUGUAGACCUCCACAAGUCUGGUUCAUCCUUGGGAGCAAUUUCCAAAUGCCUGAAGGCACCACGUUCAUCUGUACAAACAAUAGUACGCAAGUAUAAACACCAUGGGACCCCGCAGCCAUCAUACCACUCAGGAAGGAGACGCGUUCUGUCUCCUAGAGAUUAACGUACUUUGGUGCGAAAAGUGCAAAUCAAUCCCAGAACAACAGCAAAGGACCUUGUGAAGAUGCUGGAGGAAACAGGUACAAAAGUAUCUAUAUCCACAGUAAAACGAGUCCUAUAUCAACAUAACCUGAAAGGCCGCUCAGCAAGGAAGAAGCCACUGCUCCAAAACCGCCAUAAAAAAGCCAGACUACGGUUUGCAACUGCACAUGGGGACAAAGAUCGUACUUUUUGGAGAAAUGUGCUCUGGUCUGAUGAAACAAAAAUAGAACUGUUUGGCCACAAUGACCAUCGUUAUGUUUGGAGGAAAAAUGGGGGACGCUUCCAAGUCGAAGAACACCAUCCCAACCGUGAAGCACAGGGGUGGGGGUGCUUUGCUGCAGGAGGGACUUCACAAAAUAGAAGGCAUCAUGAGGAAGGAAAUGUAUGUGGAUAUAUUGAAGCAACAUCAAGACAUCAGUCAGGUAGUUAAAGCUUGGUCGCAAAUGUCUUCCAAAUGGACAAUGACCCCAAGCAUGCUUCCAAAGUUGUGGCAAAAUGUCUUAAGGACAACAAAGUCAAGGUAUUGGAGUGGCCAUCACAAAGCCCUGACCUCAAUCCUAUAGAAAAUGUGUGGGCAGAACUGAAAAGGCGUGUGCAAGCAAGGAGGCCUACAAACCUGACUCAGUUACACCAGCUUUGUCAGGAGGAAUUGGCCAAAAUUUACUAAACUUUUUGUGGGAAGUUUGUGGAAGGCUACCCGACACGUUUGACCCAAGUUAACCAAUUUCUAGGCAAUGCUACCAAAUACUAAUUGAGUGUAUGUAAACUUCUGACCCACUGGGAAUGUGAUGAAAGAAAUAAAAGCUUAAAUAAAUCUCUCUACUAUUAUUCUGACAUUUCACAUUCUUAAAAUAAAGUGGUGAUCCUAACUGACCUAAGACGGUGCGCAGCAGAGGACUGUAGGCACUACCGGUAGACAAGAUGGCGUAUUGAAUACACAGCGGUACGAAUCACCUCAAGAUAAAAACAUAAUAUUCAAUAUGAGUAAGUUAGACUAAAUAUUAGCACUUCAUAUAUUCGUGGGUAAUAACAUUCAAUCUGGAUAAUAACACAAAACAAAUCAUAAGGCUAGAGAAAUGUAUCGACAAAUAUUACAUCAACAAGCAACACUCAAACAUGACGGAGGAGAAACGAGGAGAAUCAAUCUCCAAGAGAACGCGACUCCUCGACUGAUGCAGAUGAUUUAUGCUUUUCACCACUGGGACUGGUAAGUGUGGAAAGCGAUCUGUUGAAGUCGAUAAAUGACAAACUAGGUGUACUAGAGUUGGUCAGUAAUGAUGUAAAAGAGUUGAAGGCUAGUCUUGAAAUGAGUGAUGGAAAAGCUGUGAUAAUGGAGAACGAUACAAAACAACUAAAAGGGACAGUCACUAGGAUGGAAACGGAUGUUAAGGAACUUAAAAAGGAGAACAACUUUCUGAGAGAAGCCUUACUAGACCUUGUACUUACCUAGUACUUACUGGUAUCCAAGAAAAAGGAGAGGUUACCGAAAAAAUUGUGAAGGACUUCUUUCUUACAGCGCUUCAAAUCCCACUCGAGGCUGUCAAUAAAAUCCAACUUGAACGUGUACACCGUUUCGGACAGAGAUAUAUAUAUGAGCGUACAAUCGUUGCCAAUUUGCUUUUUUUAAGGAUAAAGUAAUGGUUAAAAGCCUAGGUAAAAGACUUGCUGGCACGAAAAUAGGCAUGAAUGAUCAGUUCCCGAGGGAGACUGCAGAACGGCGCAAAGUUCUGUACCCAAUCUUCAAGGAAAAUAGAUUAAAAGGGAAGCGUGUUGCUCUCGUUGUCGAUAAACUGUAUUUUGACAACCAAAUGUUCCGCGACACAAAGACUACUCCAUGGCUAUUCUGACAGUUCUAAUAGAGGAGUCGAAUAAUGGAACACCCAAUACUAGCCAUGGUAGGGAUUGUAAUAAUAAAGCACAUCUAUAGUAUUUAUAGUAUUUUAUAAAGGGAUAAGACGGUAUUACAAGAAAAGAUAACAAGCAAAAUAAUACAUCUUCAAAUACAACUAAUUAGAACACAAGUACUCAAUCAACAUAGUGGAGAUAAAAACAUAGCAAAUAGAAGACACAGUAUGUGUGGAUGUAUUGUGGUGUGCAUUUUUUGUGUUUGAAAAAGUGUGGCGAUAAGUGAGUGAUAAAGGAAAUGGUUCCAUAUCCCAGAACCAACAUGUCUGUGAGCAGGGGUUGUGAGAGAGAGCUUUCAAUUUUGUGCAGAUGAGGGAUAUACAUUUUAGAAUAAAGUAUACAUCUAAUCUAUUAUUUUAUUGUCCUAUCAUGAUGGAACGAUCCCCAACCCUAUUUCCUAGACACCCACCCGAGCAACCCAUACACCAAAGAGAAGUCCCCAUCUGUUUUAUGGCCCUGCUGUGAGUUGCCUAUAUGCAGCCAAAACAGAACAAUAAAUGCGGUCAGAGACCUACUUGUGCAGCACCGCCCCCUCAAGAUUCGGAGUCUGCCUGGCAGGGUUGGUCCUACAAAGCCAGAGUCCCCGUGAUGGGAGAGCAUAAUAUACAAGGAAAUUCUCAAAGCUGCUAAUGAGAACCUUGACGACCUUGUACCUAGCCGGUGGGGAUUCCGGUCGGAUACCCCCACCCAGGUAGUGGCGGUGCUGGCAACACUGGCUGCAGUAACCCAUGGGGAGGGGGUCACACUCGGACAUUCAGAGAGGGGGAAUAUUAUUGUGGCCCUCGUGGCACAAAAUAAUCAAAGGUCUGACUGCACAGAGAUGCUUGGGGGAAAUGGUUACAACGGGGGACCAGAGUGUUUGUGUCUCAGGGGAAGAGGGUGGAUCUGAUCUCCAUCACCUAGGACUUGACAUAGAUUAAUCAAAUCUCACAUUGUUGUCCAUUUUUGCUGAAUCUUGCAUGCUUUCUCAAACAGCUGUAACUUUAUAUGCAUUCGUAAAUCAGGUCCUUUCUUGAGUUGGGCUCUGGGAUGUAACAACCGUUGAGCAUCUGAUCUUAUGGUUGAUUGUGGAGGAAAGGGGUGGAGUGUGUUUGUUAUCCCACAUCUGUUGCAAGGGGGUAAGGAUGUUAGGGAGAAUAUAGGAUGAACCAUAAUUGUUUGCUAAAAUAAUAAUUGCUUGACAAAAAUGUAAUGUAAUAUAAUGGCAAUCCGGGUUAUAGGUAACAAUCCUAUGCAUGAACUGCCGACAUUAUUACGCAUAUUAAUUGAUAAUGAUGGAAAUUAAGAUAUGCAAGAUAUUUGAAUAGAUAUACAGUGGGCAGAACAAGUAUUUGAUACACUGCUGAUUUUGCAGGUUUUCCUACUUACAAAGCAUGUAGAGGUCUGUAAUUUUUAUCAUAGGUACACUUCAACUGUGAGAGACAGAAUCUAAAACAAAAAUCCAGAAAAUCACAUUGUAUGAUUUUUAAGUAAUUCAUUUGCAUUUUAUUGCAUGACAUAAGUAUUUGAUACAUCAGAAAAGCAGAACUUAAUAUUUGGUACAGAAACAUUUGUUUGCAAUUACAGAGACCAUACGUUUCCUGUAGGUCUUGACCAGGUUUGCACACACUGCAGCAGGGAUUUUGGCUAACUCCUCCAUACAGACCUUCGCUAGAUCCUUCAGGUUUCAGGGCUGUCGCUGGGCAAUACGGACUUUCAGCUCCCUCCAAAGAUGUUCUAUUGGGUUCAGGUCUGGAGACUGACUAAGCCACUCCAGGACCUUGAGAUGCUUCUUACGGAGCCACUCCUUAGUUGCCCUGGCUGUGUGUUUUGGGUCGUUGUCAUGCUGGAAGACCCAGCCACGACCCAUCUUCAAUGCUCUUACUAAGGGAAGGAGGUUGUUGGCCAAGAUCUCGCGAUACAUGGCCCCAUCCAUCCUCCCCUCAAUACGGUGCAGUCGUCCUGUCCCCUUUGCAGAAAAGCAUCCCCAAAGAAUGAUGUUUCCACCUCCAUGCUUCACGGUUGGGAUGGUGUUCUUGGGGUUGUUCUCAUCCUUCUUCUUCCUCCAAACACGGCAAGUGGAGUUUAGACCAAAAAGCUAUAUUUUUGUCUCAUCAGACCACAUGACCUUCUCCCAUUCCUCCUCUGGAUCAUCCAGAUGGUCAUUGGCAAACUUCAGACGGGCCUGGACAUGCGCUGGCUUGAGCAGGGGGACAUUGCGUGCGCUGCAGGAUUUUAAUCCAUGACGGCGUAGUGUGUUACUAAUGGUUUUCUUUGAGACUGUGGUCCCAGCUCUCUUCAGGUCAUUGACCAGGUCCUGCCGUGUAGUUCUGGGCUGAUCCCUCACCUUCCUCAUGAUCAUUGAUGCCCCACAAGGUGAGAUCUUGCAUGGAGCCCCAGACCAAGGGUGAUUGACCAUCAUCUUGAACUUCUUCCAUUUUCUAAUAAUUGCGCCAACAGUUGUUGCCUUCUCACCAAGCUGCUUGCCUAUUGUCCUGUAGCCCAUUCCAGCCUUGUGCAGGUCUACAAUUUUAUCCCUGAUGUCCUUACACAUCUCUCUGGUAUUGGCCAUUGUGGUGAGGUUGGAGUCUGUUUGAGUGUGAGGACAGGUGUCUUUUUAUACAGGUAACGAGUUCAAACAGGUGCAGUUAAUACAGGUAAUGAGUGGAGAACAGUGGGGCUUCUUACAGAAAAACGAACAGGUCUGUGAGAGCUGGAAUUCUUACUGGUUGGUAGGUGAUCAAAUACUUAUGUCAUGCAAUAAAAUGCAAAUGAAUUACUUAAAAAUCACACAGUGAUUUUCUGGAUUUUUGUUUUAGAUUCCGUCUGUCACAGUUGAAGUGUACCUAUGAUAAAAAUUACAGACCUCUACAUGCUUUGUAAGUAGGAAAACCUGCAAAAUCGGCAGUGUAUCAAAUGCUUGUUCUCCCCACUGUACAUACACACACACACACACACGUGUGUGUGUGUGUGUAUAUAUAUAUAUAUAUAUAUACACACACUGCUAAAAAAAAUAAAGGGAACACUUAAACAACACAAUGUAACUCCAAGUCAAUCACACUUCUGUGAAAUCAAACUUAGGAAGCAACACUGAUUGACAAUAAAUGUCACAUGCUGUUGUGCAAAUGGAAUAGACAACAGGUGGAAAUUAUAGGCAAUUAGCAAGACACCCCCAAUAAAGAAUUGGUUCUGCAGGUGGUGACCACAGACCACUUCUCAGUUCCUAUGCUUCCUGGCUGAUGUGUUGGUCACUUUUGAAUGCUGGCGGUGCUUUCACUCUAGUGGUAGCAUGAGACUGAGUCUACAACCCACACAAGUGGCUCAGGUAGUGCAGCUCAUCCAGGAUGGCACAUCAAUGCGAGCUGUGGCAAGAAGGUUUGCUGUGUCUGUCAGCGUAGUGUCCAGAGCAUGGAGGCGCUACCAGGAGACAGGCCAGUACAUCAGGAGACGUGGAGGAGGCCGUAGGAGGGCAACAACCCAGCAGCAGGACUGCUACCUCCGCCUUUGUGCAAGGAGGAGCAGGAGGAGCACUGCCAGAGCAGCCCUGCAAAAUGACCUCCAGCAGGCCACCAAUGUGCAUGUGUCUGCUCAAACGGUCAGAAACAGACUCCAUGAGGGUGGUAUGAGGGCCCGACGUCCACAGGUGGGGGUUGUGCUUACAGCCCAACACCGUGCAGGACGUUUGGCAUUUGCCAGAGAACACCAAGAUUGGCAAAUUCGCCACUGGCGCCCUGUGCUCUUCACAGAUGAAAGCAGGUUCACACUGAGCACAUGUGACAGACGUGACAGAGUCUGGAGACGCCGUGGAGAACAUUCUGCUGCCUGCAACAUCCUCCAGCAUGACCGGUUUGGCGGUGGGUCAGUCAUGGUGUGGGGUGGCAUUUCUUUGGGGGGCCGCACAGCCCUCCAUGUGCUCGCCAGAGGUAGCCUGACUGCCAUUAGGUACCGAGAUGAGAUCCUCAGACCCCUUGUGAGACCAUAUGCUGGUGCGGUUGGCCCUGGGUUCCUCCUAAUGCAAGACAAUGCUAGACCUCAUGUGGCUGGAGUGUGUCAGCAGUUCCUGCAAGAGGAAGGCAUUGAUGCUAUGGACUGGCCCGCCCGUUCCCCAGACCUGAAUCCAAUUGAGCACAUCUGGGACAUCAUGUCUCGCUCCAUCCACCAACGCCACGUUGCACCACAGACUGUCCAGGAGUUGGCGGAUGCUUUAGUCCAGGUCUGGGAGGAGAUCCCUCAGGAGACCAUCCGCCACCUCAUCAGGAGCAUGCCCGGGCGUUGUAGGGAGGUCAUACAGGCACGUGGAGGCCACACACACUACUGAGCCUCAUUUUGACUUGUUUUAAGGACAUUACAUCAAAGUUGGAUCAGCCUGUAGUGUGGUUUUCCACUUUAAUUUUGAGGGUGACUCCAAAUCCAGACCUCCAUGGGUUGAUACAUUUGAUUUCCAUUGAUAAUUUUUGUGUGAUUUUGUUGUCAGCACAUUCAACUAUGUAAAGAAAAAAGUAUUUAAUAAGAUUAUUUCAUUCAUCAGAUCUAGGAUGUGUUAUUUUAGUGUUCCCUUUAUUUUUUUGAGCAGUGUUUUUUUUGUUUAUAUUUAAGAGAAAAACAUAUGGGGGAUUGGAAGUAAUGCAGACAAUUACAUUGAUGGAAGUUGCAAUCUAUCUGCAAUAUUAAAGCUGAUCUACCCCCUAAAAAAAUACAUUUAAAAAAUGGAAUUUUUACUAGGAUUAAAUGUCAGGAAUUGUGAAAAACUGAGUUUAAAUGUAUUUGGCUGAGGUGUAUGUAAACUUCCGACUUCAACUGUAUAUAGGCCUAAAUAGUAUCAUUGACUAUAUAUGACUUCUAAAGUAUGGUUACAUUUCAUUUGCUCUGUUAAACCUACCCUUUGGACUUCGACACAUACACAAUCCAUAGCUCAAUUGUCUCAAGGCUAAAAAAUCCUUCUUUAACCUAUCUCCUCCCCUUCAUCUACACUGAUUUGAAGUGGAUUUAACAAGUGACCAUAGCUUUCACCUGGUCAGUCUGUCAUGGAAAGAGCAGGUAUUCUUAAUGUUUUGUACACUCUGUGUAUAAUAUUGAAGAUCUGUUGUUUCAAAGGUACAAAUUCAACAUUUUAUACAAGGUUUGUCUGUAGAAAAUUGGUUACAAUUUUGACUUAAUCCUGUGGUUGAAAUUUCACCCUCAAAACAAGUGAACUUUAGAUUUUAAAAAAAAUCCUAUGUAUUUUACACACAGAUUCCACGUCAUACGUUGACAAAUUACAUUGAAACAGCGUUGAUUCAACCAGUUUGUGCCCAGUGGGUUUGUUCUGCUUUUCUUUCUUUAGCUGUUGAGUUUAAAUCCUACACAGUCUUGUGCAUUGUCAGUAACGUGCUGAAUUAAAAUUCAGAUUUUAUGUCUGUCAUAACUUCCUUUUUUCCCCCUGUUGUCUCUAGAUGUUCCAAGGCCACCACCAGCCAAGCCUGGCCUGCAGUCUCUGUCCUCCGCUUACUUCCCUGGCUGAGAAGGAAUGGAGCCAAGAACUACUGAAAUGUCCACAACACACCACUGAAUACAACAGUGACUAAGGAGGGUGACCUGUUAGACCAACCACAGAUUAUCACAGUACCUCCACCUAUGUUCAUGUUUUUAACCUGUGCUGUGUUUCCAAGUAUUUAUUAAAAAUGAUUUUUAAGAUAACCAAUCAAUCGUAAUUAAGCCACUUGAUCCGUUUGCCAAAUAUUACGUUUGUCGGUUGGUUUAAAAAAAAAUCACUGUCAUCACGUCUUACUCGUAAUUAGCAUUGACAUAACCAAUGCUGUCAUCAUGUUGCUCUGGGUGUUUUCACUUUUAACCCUGUUACAUUUCAAUUAUAACUUUUAACACUCAAUAGUACUCAAGUCCUGGAUCGAAUGACACUUGAGCCAGUGUGAAAAUGUUCAAGUGUUCCCCAAGAAAAGCUGCCGUCUGUUUACAUGGUGCAACAAUGAUAAAAGAUACCUUUUCAAUGGUUAACAUGUACAUGCUAAUCGCAAGUCAUCACCAGCUUAUUGAUGAACAGAUGCUCAACCAACCAUCACUAUGGUUAUUCCACCACAGAUUGAUUGCUACUGAAGUGUUUGCUGUGUAAAAACUGUACAUAUGGGUGUAUGAAAUUAAUAAUUAAUGUGUAUAUCUGUAGAUUAAAAAGUUUUGUUUUCAGAAUCUCAAAGUAGUCAAGU